AUAUUAAGGGCCACCAACUUACCUAUUUUGAAGUAUAGUUAAAUCGUUAACGGAUAAGAUAACGCUGAAGGAAUACUCUCGAAAGGAUUUAACGGAAAAAGCUUGGUCAGUGAUUGCUGAAGUGAUGAAAUGGUCAGGGGCAGAAUGUAAGGAGAAAUGGAAGAAUAUACGGAAUGGAUUUGUCCGAAGUUUAAAACCGUCUCCCAGUGGUUUUUCGGCAAAAGCUAAGAAGCCCUACUAUUUGCACGACAUAUUGGAGUUUGUUUUGCCGUAUGUUCGACCAGUCCAGCAUUUGGAACACACCGCAAACUUCGAAAUAAAGGAAUCUGAUGUGCACCACUACGAGGAAGUAGAAACAACUGAAGAUGUUGACCACGACGAUAUUAAUGUAGUGGCUGAAAAACGAAAUCAUGCCCUUGCCACUUCUUUAUGCGUGGAAAACAACAAAAAAAAGGAAGAGACUUGGAGAAGCAAAGGAUGAUGUUGACAUGGCAGUUAUGAAUUAUUUAAAGGAAAAAACAGAAAAUAAAGCAGAUCCCCGUAAGAUGUUUUUGUUUAGCUUACAGGAGGACAUUUCGAAUCUUUCCGAUGUACGAUUCAGGCAGUUCAAAAUACGGACUUUACUCUUGCUAGAGGAAUUGUU